GCGACUUGAGCGUUCACCAUGUCCGACCUGAAACCCACGGUUCCCGUUUACCUGAAGAGCCGCGAUUUCAACGGAUCCGGACACGAACAGCAGAUCUUACACCACCCGUUCAACGACUCGGGUUCGAACCCGGACGACAGCAAAGCGCAUAAAAGAUUUGAGAUACAAGACGAUCUUGGAAUGCCGGUGAACUAUGUACGAAUUCAAGAUUUAGAAGACGGUAUACGGAAGGACAUUGUUAGCGAUAAGAAUUCGUUGCACAGAGCCAUUACUCCGGUGCUAAUUCUGGCGCAUUUUUUCGCCCUGUUGCCGGUACAAGGCAUAAAAGGACAGAACACCAGUUUUUUAGUUGUCAAUUGGUUCAGCUGUCCGGUCAUAUACGUGUUCGUAGUAUUAUCCUUAUCCCUUUUGAUCCUUUCUUUUUCACUGCUGAAAAUAUACCAAACAGGACUGACGUAUUACAGUACAGGCGAAAUAAUGUUUUUCGGUAGCUCACUGGUGAUAUACAUUCUAUUUAUCCAUUUGGCAAGAGAAUGGCCAAAAGUCAUGGCAAAAUGGGAACUAAUGGAACGAGAAAUGAGGCAUUUUGGUUACCUUUCUAACACUGCCUUAAAGUUCAAAAUUUUAACUUGUAUCAUAAUGUUACUUGCGAUAAUUGAACACUUGGCUUCUGUAUUAACUGGAAUAAUGAAAGCAAUUCCUUGUUCGACAGGGGGACUGGAUAUUUUUAGAGCUUAUUUUUCCAUGUCUUUUCGUCAAGUAUUUUCAUUUAUAGAUUACUCCCUUGUAAUAGCUUUACCUUUGGGAUUCCUAAAUCUUAUACUUGCUUGUGCUUGGAAUUAUAUGGAUUUAUUUAUUAUCAUAUUAUCUUGUGCACUGUCAGAUAAAUUUAAACAGCUCAACCAGAAAUUGGCUAUUGUCAAAGGAAAAGUACUUCCAAGUACGUAUUGGAGAAAGUCAAGAGAGACAUAUAAUCUGUUAGCAUCGUUAACUCGAACUUUGAUGAAUUUUUUAUCACCAGUUAUUUUAUUAUCGUUUGCAAAUAAUUUGUACUUUAUUUGCUUACAGCUUCUAAACAGUUUGAAACCAAUGCAUAACGUUUGGGAGGCCAUAUAUUUUGUAUUUUCCUUCACAUAUCUCGUUGGAAGGACUUGUGCUGUAUCAUUAUAUGCAGCUUCAAUAAACGAUCAAAGUAAAAAACCUAAAGGAGUUCUAUUCUCUGUGCCGACUGAAAGCUACGGAGUGGAGGUAGCGAGAUUUCUAACACAAGUAACAGCUGAUGAAUUAGCAUUGACUGGGUGUAAUUUCUUUUCAGUCACCAGAACUUUAAUGUUAACGGUUGCUGGAACCAUAGUUACUUAUGAGAUUGUGUUAAUACAAUUUAAUAGUGUGACCAAUGAAGUGAUUGAUGAAAACAGCACUCUCAACCAUUACAGAGGAAAGGUCAACGAAAGUUGGAAACAGCUUAAAACUGAAUUCCCGAAUGAUGAAAUGGAACAAAAAUUAAUAUAUUACUUUGAAACAAUGCAUGUUACUGAUGUAUCAGUAAGACUCCGCGGAAAAAAUCCAAAAGUAAAACUCCAUUUAUAUCCGCUAGAACUAUGGUUAGUAGCUCAACGGAUUAAAAAUGAAUUACCCCGCAUUACUAAUAUCAAUGAAUCUUAUCAUAGUCGUUUAAUUAGGGGAACAUUUAGUACGCAGUUUUACACGAGAAUCGGCGGCCGUGCCCGAUUUUUAUCGUUCGGUAAUUUUUCAGUUUUAGUGACGAAGUCCGUUUUAAAGGCAAUAAAGUGUUCGAUGUCCUUCAAAAACGUGGGACCUGUUUACCUCGAAGAUAGUUACUAUAGCAAGUCCGAAUUAGACCGGCAUCAAAAGUUUGAAAUUCAAGACGACCUUGGUAUGCCAGUAAACUACGUGAGAAUCAAAGCCUUGGAAGAUAACAUACGGAAGGACAUAGUUAGCGAUAAGGAUUCUUUACUCAGAUCCAUUGCUCCGAUAAUCAAACUAGGGCAUUGCAUCGCUCUUUUGCCAGUGCAGGGCUUUAAUGGCCCGAACACUAGUUAUUUAGUUUUUAACUGGUUCAAUUGGUCAGUUGGUUAUUUGUUCGUUGCAUUAUCUUCGUGUUUUGUAGUCGUUACGUUUUCAACACUCAGGAUAUGGCACAAUGGACUAACUUAUGAAAGCAUAGGUGAAGUACUAUUUUAUGGAGGUUCGCUGGUAAUUUAUAUUUUAUUUGUGCAUUUGGCGAGGGAAUGGCCACAAUUUAUGGCUAAAUGGGAGCUAAUGGAACGCGAAAUGAGACGAUUAAGAAACCCUCCUAAGACUGCUUAUAAGUUUAAAAUGAUUACAAGUAUUAUCAUGUUCCUUUCCAUAGUUGAAUAUUUGUCAAUAGUUUUAUCGGGUGUACUGAAAACACUUCCUUGUUCGAAGGGUGGUUUGGAUAUUUUUCGAUCAUACUUUUCCUUGAAGUUUCAACAGAUAUUUAUUUUCAUGAGUUAUUCAAUAUUUAUUAGUUUACCUUUAGAGUUUUUGAAUUUGAUACUUAUUUGUGCUUGGAACUAUAUGGAUUUAUUGAUCAUCUUACUAUCGUGUGCGCUGUCUGACAAGUUCAAACAGCUCAAUCAAAAACUGGCAAGCGUCAAAGGAAAAGUUGUUCCAAGUGCAUAUUGGCGAAAAACUAGAGAGAUGUACAAUCGUUUAGCGUUGUUGUCUCAAGAUUUUGACGAGUUUUUAUCACCAGUGUUAUUAUUAUCAUUUGCUCACAAUGUGUAUUUCAUGUGCUUACAAUUACUGAACAGUCUGAAACCUAUGCACACUUUUUGGGAGGCAUUUUGUUUUGUGUUUUUGUUCACGUACCUGGUUGGAAGAACGUCCGCAGUAUCAUUGUUUGCCGCCUCCAUAAACGACCAGAGUAAAAAACCGAAAACAGUUUUGUUUUCCGUGCCAACAGAAAGUUACGGAGUCGAGGUGGCAAGAUUUCUAACUCAAGUGACAUCUGACGAAUUAGCAUUGACUGGAUGCAAUUUUUUUUCGGUAACUAGGACAUUUAUGUUAACGAUUGCUGGAACCAUAGUCACCUACGAGAUUGUAUUGUUACAAUUUAAUAACGUGGCCGUUGAAGAAUUGGAUCUAAAUAACACGUCAUACUUACGUUAUUGUUUUUAAACUAUAU